UUUCCCUGUUGGCCCCCUCUUAUUUCUGGUGGACGCGAACGGCGAAACAGCUAGCGAGACACACCACGAGGAGCUCCUUCCUCGCCGUUGGUGGUAACGAGACGAGCCCCAGGAGCAGGCGCGAGAUCGGAGCUUCCAGCGACCGAUCUACUCUGCAGUCGUAACCACGUCGACGUUGCCGCGGCGACCGUUUUGGUAUCUCUUUGGGUGGGAUCCGUCCGAGCAGUGGUGGGGAACGCGGCAAGCGCCGCGAUGGGCGCCGAGGAAGAGGAGGAAACGGCAGGCGAGGCAGACGGGUCUGUACCAGGCGGGGAUGGGGAGGGUGGCGAUGGUGCCGCCGAGGAGGGGGAGAGGCCCGCGGCUGUGGUGUCGUGCUCGAUCUGCCUAGACGCGGUGAUCACCGGGGGCGAGGAAAGGUCCACAGCGAAGCUGCAGUGCGGCCACGAGUUCCACCUCGACUGCAUUGGUUCAGCAUUUAAUGCCAAGGGAGUUAUGCAAUGUCCUAAUUGUCGCAAAAUUGAGAAAGGGAAUUGGUUCUAUGCAAAUGGUUCCCAUCCAUCACAAGAUCCAAACAUUGAUGAACAUGGUGAAGACUUUCCUGAUGUUGGUUAUUCAGAAAUGGGAAGGGGUAUCUUUCUGCCAUACCGCUUCCAAUGGUGUCCUGUUGGCCGCUUGGCGCAGCUUCCAUCCUUAUUUGACAGUGAUGUGGAGUCGUCACCAGCUAUUACUUUUCAUGAUUUCAUGGGGCAAAACUUUACCUCUGAGCACUUGCCUGUGUCAGCACCUGGUGCGACUCAUCCAGGCCCAUAUGUCGCUUACUUUCAGCCUCUUCCAUCACCUUCAUCAUCGUCAAGCCCCCAUGUUACCGAGAGAACAAUGGAAGGUGCCACAUAUCAUGAUCACUGGAGCUCCCUAGCUGGGGUAGCAGAUGGCCGGCCAAUGCAGACAUUACAUCCCAUUGAUUUCGAGCAUAAUCACUGGGCGCACAUACCCCUCUCCUAUUCUCAGCCUAACAGCAAUAACGGUGUAACAGAGCAGCCAGGCGUCCCUGUGGGAGCCAUGAGGGUUGGGGGGCUUGAUCGCGAUAGCCAGCAGCGAGGGUCUCUCCCCUCAGUUUAUGGAAAUGGAUCCGGAUCAAGAUCUAGAAUCCCAAAUGCUCCUCCGAUGGUGCCACAGUUCAUGAGAGCACAUGGUAACCUGAGUGAACAAUACCAGCAAAGUUCUUCCAGCCUAUACGCUGGGUCACAGCUCUCAGGGGGUAUGCGACCACUGGGAGCUGCUGGACCUGGUGUGCCGCCUCUUGUGGAUAGCACUUCCUUUUCCAUGUUCCCACCGGCUCCGUCAGGCCCUGCUUCGGUGGAGCCGGAGGAUUCGGGAGGAAACCAGUUGUAUGCCUGGGAGAGGGACCGUUUCGCUCCUUAUCCGCUGAUUCCUGUAGGUUCCGAGGCAAGCUGGUGGGGCUCCUCACAACAACCCCACGGCACACUGGAACCUGCCGCUGUCGCUGCAGCUGCCUCGAGGAGGCUAUUCGGGCAAUGGAUUGGCAUUGGAAGCUCGCAACCACAGCAAGUGUCUCCGCCAGCAGAUAAUAGAUCUUCAGAUAGCUCGCCUUACCGACAGAUGCACAUCCCCCGGAUGUAGCUCAGCGUUUGUUUUAAAGCAAACUCGAGAACGCUGUUCUGUUGGUUGUAAAGAAGAUGACACCGUUGUAUGCAGAUGGGUUGCAUGGUAAUCAAUACCGUGACUUUGUGCAGGAUGGUAAAGAAGACA